AUGAAUGUAACACUUGUAAACGCUCUUUCCGAGCAAUACUUACAAGGUCGUAUUGUCUCUAUUGACCGUAGAUGGAUGUCACAAUUACGUUUCUAUUUGGGUACUGAAUUUGAUAAAUUAUAUUUUGACAAUGAAAUGAAAGGGGAAAUUUCUGCUGAAAAUAUUAGAGGUGUUUUGAUGGAACGUUUAAAAAAUUUGUCAAAUCAUAUAACCAACAAGGAAGGAAAAAAACCGAAAUCAUUUUUGAAUUUAAUAUAUGAGACUGCAGAUUUGGACAUUGACACAAAACAUGAGAAGCCCUUAGCCAUCUUAAGCGCUCCAUUAAAGCGUCAAAAAUCCUUUGAUUUACAUAGUUUAAAAGAAAUAUUAACAAAUUAUCAAGGAAUGAAAAUUUUUGAAUCAAAUAAAAUAGCAAUUCCUUUUGAUUUGUUUUUCUUUGAUUUUACUAAAUUUAAAUAUGAUAUUGUUAUCAUCAACAAAAAAAAUCACAACGAAAAAAUUUUCAAAAAUGAAAAUCAAAACAUGUCCAUUAAAACAAAGUUAAUGAAUGAGAGUUUAUUUUUCAGUUUAGAAGGAUUGUUUAAAAAAUCAUAUUUCCUUUCAGAAGGAAUUAAAAAUCGUUAUCAUGGUAUAAAAAAGUUGAUAAUUUUUGGUAUGAAAGAGGUAAAACAUAAUUCCCAAAUUGCUUUGAGAACAGGCAAAGUUAACGAAACAAAAGAAGGAAGACUUUUUGGUUCCAAGGGAGACGUUAUUUCUGUUCAAAUAUCCGAGAGAGAGAAAACAAUACAAAUUGACUCAGAAUUACCUGUGGCAAUUGUUGAAUUAAUUGAAGAAGUUAAAAAUGAAAUGGAAAAAGUGAAAAAGAUGAAUGUUGAAGAAGUUAAAAAGAAAUGGGAAGAAGCGGUUAUUGCAAAAGGAAAAUUAAAUCAUGAACAAAAUAAAAAGAUAAAAGAAGCAAAUAAUGGGUGGUCAGAAAAAGAAGAAAAUUUGAAAAAAUGGAUUAUUAAUGAAUUUAAAAGUCCGUCGUUCAGCAUAGAAGAUGAACGGGAGAAAAUAUUAAAUAAAUAUAAAUAUUUUAUUGUUGAUUUGAAAGAAGAAUGGUUUAGAGCUCUUUUUUAUCAUGUAUUUAAAGAAGUAUACAAAAAUGGAGAGAAAAAGAAAGUGAUAAUUAAAUUAAGUACGGAAAAAAUGGAAGAAAAGGAAAAAGAAAAAGGAGAAGCAAGUACUAGCAAACAAGACGAACAUAUCCUUUAUUUUGACCAACACAGUUUAGUUUCAUCUGUGCUACAAAUUUAUGGAAAAGAAAACGAAAAAGAUUCAGCAAUUCUUGUGAAUAUGGACGAAGAAAAUACAAAUAAAAGCAAGUUUAUUGAAGAUAAAUGUGGAUCCAUAAGUUUGGUAGCAGGUCAAUUUACUGCGAGCACAAGAUACCGCAGACCUAUUACUUCGUUCAAAAUUGUCGAAUCCGGGACGCCCUGGUCUUCAAAGUGUACCCAACCAUAA